GUGACUUUUGAUGAUGUGCAUGUGAAAUUCACUGAGGAAGAAUGGAAUUUGCUGGAUCCUUCCCAGAAGAAUCUCUACAAAGAUGUGAUGUUAGAAACCUACCUGAACCUCAAAGCUAUAGGCUAUAAUUGGGAAGACAAUCAUCUUGAAGAACAUUUUCCAAGUAGUAGAAGACAAGAAAGGCAUGUAAGAAGUCAGAGUGGAGAGAAAACCUAUGAGUGUAAUCAAUGUGGUAAAGCCUUUGCAAGACCCAGUAAACUCCAAUAUCCUAAAAGGAUACAUACUGGAGAGAAACCUUACGAAUUUAAUCAAUGUAGUAAAGCCUUUGUAACACCCAGUCAUCUCCAAUAUCAUAAAAGUACACAUACUGGAGAGAAACCAUAUGAAUGUAAUCAAUGCGGAAAAGCCUUUGCAGGUCACAGUGUUCUCAAAAGACAUAAACUGAUACAUACUGGAAAGAAACCUUAUGAAUGUAAUCAAUGUUGUAAAGCCUUUACAAGACCCAGUCAUCUCCAAUAUCAUAAAAGAACACAUACUGGAGAGAAACCUUAUGAAUGUAAUCAAUGUGGUAAAGCCUUUACAAGAUCCAGUCAUCUCCAAUAUCAUAAAAGAACACAUACUGGAGAGAAACCUUAUAAAUGUAAUCAAUGUGGUAAAGCCUUUGCAAGACCCAGUCAUCUCCAGUAUCAUAAAAGAACACAUACCGGAGAGAAACCUUAUGAAUGUAAUCAAUGUGGUAAAGCCUUUUCACAACACACCUUUGCAAGACCCAGUCAUCUCCAGUAUCAUAAAAGAACACAUACUGGAGAGAAACCCUAUGAGUGUAAUCAAUGUGGUAAAGCCUUUGCACAUCACAGUACUUUCCAGUAUCAUAAAAGAACACAUACUGGAGAGAAACCAUAUGCAUGUAAUCAAUGUGGAAAAGCUUUUUCAGGUAACAGUGUUCUCAAAAGACAUAAACUGACACAUACUGGAGAGAAACCUUAUGAAUGUAACCAAUGUGGUAAAGGCUUUGCACAGCGCAGUCAUCUCCAAUAUCAUAAAAGAACACAUACUGGAGAGAAACCUUAUGAAUGUAAUCAAUGUGGUAAAGGCUUUGCAAGAGCCAGCCAUCUCCAAAUUCAUAAAAGAACACAUUCUGGUAGGAAACCUUAUGAAUGUAACCAAUGUGGUAAAGCCUUUUCACGUCACACCUUUACAAGAUCCAGUCAUCUCAAAUAUCAUAAAACAACACAUACUGGAGAGAAACCUCAUGAAUGUAAUCAAUGUGGCAAAGCCUUUGCAAGACCCAGUGCUCUCCAAAGACAUAAAAUGACACAUACUGGAGAGAAACCUUAUAAAUGCGAUCAAUGUGGCAAAGCCUUUGCACAGCGCAGUAAUUUUCAAUAUCAUAAAAGAACACAUACUGGAGAGAAACCUCAUGAAUGUAAUCAAUGUGGGAAAGCCUUUAAAAGAUCCAGUAAUCUCCAAAAACAUAAAAUGACACAUACUGGAGAGAAACCUUAUGAAUGUAUUCAAUGUGCUAAAGCCUUUGCAAGACCCAGUGAUUUCCAAAUACAUAAAAGAACACAUACUGGAGAGAAACCUUAUGAGUGCAAUCAAUGUGGUAAAGCCUUUACACAUCACAGUACUCUCCAAAGACAUAAAUUGACACAUACUGGAGAGAAACCUUAUGAAUGUAAUCAAUGUGGUAAAGCUUUUGCAGCACCCAAUAAUCUCCAAUAUCAUAAAAGAACACAUACUGGAGAGAAACCUUAUGAAUGUAAUCAAUGUGGUAAAGCCUUUGCAAGACCCAGUCAUCUCCAGUAUCAUAAAAGAACACACACUGGACAGAAAACUUAUUAAUGUAAUCAAUGUGGUAAAGUGU